AUGGUGGCAGGAAGCUAUAGUAUUGAAAUAGAGUCUCCAGUGGAUGCAAAAAGGCUGUGGAAUGCAACUCUGGACAUCCACAACUUAUUGCCAAAGCAAGCCCCAUGGAUCAUAUCGGCUAUCACACUUCUUCAAGGAGAUGGAGGAGUCGGCACCAUUAGACAAGUCAACUUCACUGCAGCCAACACAGAUUUUAGCUAUGUGAAAGAGAAAGUGGACUUAAUUGAUGAGGGCCAAUAUGGGGGUGGAUCCAUUUCAGCUACUACUCGCAAUUAUGACAGCCUCCCUUUUGUUCCAUAUGAUGAAGCCAAAAUUGAGGAGAUCAAGGCCAACAGCUUUGGUUUGUUCAGGAUACUGGAGGGAUAUCUUAUUGCCAAUCCCACUUUAUACUGCUAA